AUGGGUUUUAUACUGUACUCAAUGGGAUUUUUAGCCUUUACGGCUAUAUUAUGGAAAGUGAGCUCAGCUGCGAGAUACGUGCUAAAAUUCGUAAUUUUUGCGGUUUUGAGUAUAUUUUUUGCCUGUCUUCCUAUACCUUAUAUGCUGCUCCACCCCAGGGAUAGCAGAAAUGCUUUAAUACCAAGUUUUUUACUUAGAGCUAGCCGAAAAAUCUUGGGUCUGGAAUAUUCAGUAGAAGGCACUGAAAAUAUUGUAAAAGACAGUGGAUGCGUAGUUUUAAUCAAUCACCAAAGUGCGAUAGAUUUAAUAAUCCUGGCAUACCUCUGGCCAAUAAUGCCAAACUCAACUGUGAUAUCAAAAAAAGAAAUUUUCUACAUUCAACCCUUUGGAUUGGCAUCCUGGUUGUGGGGUACCAUUUUCAUUAAUAGAGUAAACGCCAAAGAUGCGCAGUCAGCUGUCAAUAAGACAGGCGAAAUCAUCAGAAAGAGACAAGCACGCGUAUUGAUGUUCCCGGAAGGUACUAGAAGCCUCAAAAAGGAAUUAUUGCCUUUCAAAAAAGGAGCAUUCCAUUUAGCAGUUGCUUCCAAGGUUCCCAUCCAACCAGUCGCGGUUUCAAGGUAUUCGUUUUUGGGAAAAUUCAGAUUUGAUUCAGGUUUCGUGAAAAUCAGAAUCCUUCCUACGAUAUCCACUGAGGGUUGCAGCACAGAGGACAUUCCAAAUCUGAUAGAAAAGACAUACAAGGUGAUGUCGGAAAACGUGAACGAUCUUUCAUCGUUAAACGAAGCGAACGGUCUCAACGGGAAAGUGAAGAGUAGUUAA